UCUAUUGGGCCAAAAAGUGUAAAAAAUUAUUACAAAGCUCCUGAUACAUUGUUACAAUAGCAGUUGAAAAAUAUUAAAAAUACAUAGGCACUGAAUAACCCACUGUGCAAUUUAGGUUACAGAACAUUGUUGCGAUGUAUGAUAUAAGUUGCAAUGCUAACAUCGCACCUCGACGUUACCAAAACAUCGUGUUGAACGGUUUAGUUUACAAAUAUUUUAAGUUUAUAUAUAAACAACCCAGAAACGUUGACGUUUCAACAUCUCUGAAACAAGUUGCUGUAACAGUACAACAACAGCGUAGUGAUGUGACGGAGAACUAUAUUUAUAUUUUUAAUAAUAAUAACAAAUUAUUUCAAUUAUUAUUUAUAAAUAGACAAAUAUGGUGGUAUUUUUAUAUUUUUUUUAGCUAUAUCCCACGCUCGCCGCUAAAGCGCGGCUAUAGCUAACCCACCCACAGGCCAACAGUCACCAACAUAAUAUUUUGAACACUGCAUAUUAGGUAUUGCAUUUUCAACUGUAACAAGUGACGCAAUUACUAUUGUAAACCGUUUUUAUCCGUCUGUGCAUUAAACGUUUUUUUUAUUUUUUAAUAUUCGACUACCUAUACUAGCUGUACUAUAGUACCUAUAGGCUAUAUUAUGUACGAUGACUGAAACUAGUUUAAAAAAGUCUAAAACAUGUAUGGACCCUCAACACAUAGAUAUAUUAGAGAAGAUAAACCAAGGAAUUGUUGAAAAUAAUCUAAUGUUAAGACGUUUACUGGCAAAAAUGGAGGUGAUGGAAAGAAACCAAAAAGUAAAAUGUACUGGAGGCGAUAUAUUCUUGAGCCCAGCAUUUAUUGCACAGUUCCCUAUUAUAGAUUUAGAUAAAUUCAAAUUAGUGGAAGAUUGUAUAUUAAAUGAGCCAGAAUAUGUUCAAAAUCGUAGUAUUUAUAACAUAUGUGUAACAAAUAGCUGA